UUGCUACUUGAAUCGUAUUAUUCAAUAACAUUCUUCUUUCUUUGGAGAUCAAUAAAAAAAAACUGUUUAUAUUUGUUACAAAACAUUUAUAAUUAACGUAUUUUCAAUAAUUGUAUAUAAUUCAUUUGUAUUAUCUUCAAAAUCAAUUUGUAUGAAAAAUUUGUGAUAUUUUAGGUUUUAUAUUGAAUCAUAUCAGAAAAAAAUAUAUAUAAUUUGACGAUUCUUUGAAAACGAUAUGGAUUUUAAAAAGGUAUCAUCAGUUAAGAAUGAUUAUAUUAAUGUGAAAACAGAAUAUGAUAGAUUGCGGGCAGAGAAUAAUGUACUGGAUGCAUUGCGAAAAGGAUUAGAGGAAUGUAAGAAAGAAAAUCUAUCAUGUGAAAAAGAUCUAAUGGAAUUCUAUAAAUUACGAUUAGAUUCACAAAUUACAAAUAAAAAAUUGAUUGAAGAAUUAGAUAAAGUUUCUUUGAUCAUGAAAUCAGAAGAAUUGUCCUCUUUUGACGAAACAACAUUGAAUAUUGCUAAACGAAGAAAAAAUAUAACUGAUAUGGAAUACAAUCUUUCUUUAAGAGAAAUAAAUAUGGAAUUAAACCUUGUAAAUAUGAAACUCGAAUCUCUUAAAAAAAAAGUUCAUCAGAUGCAAAAAUCAAUAAAUUCAGUCAAUGGCUUUGUACACAAAGCAGAGAAAGAUAUAGAUGAUUCCUGUUCUCAAGAUGUCAUGAGAAUGAAAUUACAAGAAUAUUGUCAGGCCUUCGACAAGUUAGAAAGCGAAUUAGAGAGCUUAAAAGUCACAGAUUUACAAUCACAUUUGAUAUCAGAAAAAUAUAAACAAUAUCUAGAGAUGCUAGAAGAAAAGGUCAAAGUAGAUAAAUUUUUAGACAAAUAUCAUGAUCUACCACCAAAUAUAUUGCAAGCUAAAGUAAUUCUUGAAAAGAAACAAAGAGACUAUGAUCAACUUGAGAAUACAUUUUUACUAUAUAAUAAAAAAUUUUAACAAUAUAUAUCAUAUGUGUGAUUUAUAAUAUUAUAUGUAUAUAUAUAUAUAUCUAUUUUGUCGUAAAGUUAUAAAUAUAUAAUUUGUAA